AUGAACUAUGAAAGCAAAGUUGAUGAGAUGAAGAGUACUACUGAAGAGGUGAAGGACGAGCAUGAAAAGGGUUCUUGGCCAUUGCAAAGUUCCAACAUCCCUAACUUUGAAUGGCAAAUAGAUCAUAGAAUGAAGAGUGAGAACAUGUCUAGCAGUACACUAAAGGCUACCUGGCCAUCACAAAGCUCCAACAUCCCUAAUUAUGAAUGGCAUGUGGAUCAUACGAUGAGGAGUACUGAGCAAGGGCGUUUCAACUUUUCUGGUUAUGAAUCAAAGUUGGAUCUUAUGAUGAAGAGUGCUGAACAAGGGCAUUUCAACAUUUCUGGUUAUGAAUCAAAGUUGGAUCUUAUGAUGAAGAGUUCUGAUCAAGGGCAUUUCAACUUUUCUGGUUAUGAAUCAAAGUUGGAUCAUAUGAUGAAAAGUCGUCAAGAGGAAAGUUUGGAUAUCACUACUUAUGAAUGGCAAGUAAAUCGUGGGAUAAAUAGUGAACAAGGGAAUGAUCAACCUUCGGAUGUUUCAUGGUUAAAGGAGUUCACGGUUACAUUUGAAGGCCCACAUGGUAAAUCAUUGUUUUAA